CCCCUUUCUUCCUUGCUUUAAAUUUAGAAUUCCCUACCAGCUAGCGCCGACGACGCGGCAGCAGCCAUCGUGCGCGCGCAUGGAAGAGCGAGAGCUCCUCCUCCCCGUGGCCGGCGACGACGCGGCAGCCUUCGUGCUGUCCCGCCUGCCCCACCCUGGCACAGCGGCCGCCGACGCUGCCGCCUUCGUCGACGCCACCGCAGGCACGAGCCUCUCUUUCUCCGCCCUCCGCCGGGCCGCGCUGUCCCUCGCCUCCGCGCUACGCCUCGGCCUCGGCCUCCGCCGUGGCGACGUUGUCCUGGUCCUCUCGCACAACUCGCUCCUCCUCCCGCAGGUACUCCUCGGCGUACUCGCUGCCGGCGCCGUCGUGGCGGCCGCCGACCCAGACGCCACGCCCGCCGAGGUGGGUGCCGCCGCACGCGACUCGGGCGCGGUCAUGGUCGUCGCCGCGCCCGAGGUGGCCGCGAAGCUCUCCCCCAACGCCAUGGGCCUGCCGCCGCUGCUCCUCACGUCGCGCUCGCCGGAGGAUCCCGCGGCGCUCUCUGCCGAGGAGCUCAUCGACGGCGGUGACCCUGUGGACCCUGCUGCUGAGAUGGUGGCCGUGUCCGACGACUCCGAUGUGGCGUUCCUGGCCUACCCGUCCGCGACCACGGCCGCCGUCGCCAUGACACACGCCGACCUCGUCGCUGCCAUAGACCUCGUCGCGGACGGCGGCCGCCGGGUGUGCCUGGCGUCCCUUCCCAUGUACAGCGCCCACGGCCUGCCGCUGCUCGCCCUCGGGCUCCCCGCUGCGGGAGUCACCACGGUGCUCCUGCCUCCGCCGUCUUCGGCUUCGCAGUCCGAUGCGAGGGCGGCGAGAGAGGCGGUGGCCGCGCACGCGGCCACGGACUUCGUGGCGACGCCUGACGAGGCGGAGGCAGCUCUCGCCGCUCCCGUGCCGCUCGAUGGACAGCUGUCCUCGCUGAGGAGGGUGAUCGUGGCGCCCACACCGUUGACGCCAGGGGCACGGGAGGAGUUCCGCCGGAGGCUGCCGUGGGUCCAGCUGACGCAGCUGCUGUCCGGCACGCCGGAGAACCAAACGGAGCUGCUGUCGCUGCCACCUGAAGUGAUCACGCCACCUACAGGCGCUGCGGUGAUACAACACAACAGCCUGCCAGCAGACCCAAUGUCCGCGACAAACGACGCCUCCUUGGUGCCACCACCUAAGAAGAUAAACAAGAUUAUUUCAGGGGGCAUCUUUUCAAGAUCAACCAUGAGCAAGAUCCUGAGGAAGCACCCGGAGACUGGGAACAGACAAGCUGCCUCAAAACUGUAGCAGAUCCUCCGCUUUCAAUUCCUGUUCGGAAGCUGCUUGUCAACCUGAUGAAGCAUGAUUCAAAAGUUACAAUCAGUCAAAAUCUAGUAUCAAAUGUUGAGUUAUACAGAAGAAGCUGAUAAUUUCUACUAUCAAAUUGUAUGGAAGCAGUCCAUGAGUUUAUGAUGUGGAUGGGGAAAAGAGAUGCAGAGUUUAGCCCCA